AUGGUUCGAAGCGACGCCGACCCAAUGCUGCACAGUGGCGAGCGGCAGGUCCAUCGGCAGGCGUCGCACCUCCUCCGAGCGAAGUCGGCACUUGACCUGAUGCAUGCCACCAUCGUGGACAUGCAAGCCGCCAUCCCCUGCUUGCGCAAAGCCUUGAGAUCCAGAUGCAGAGAGGACCCUGCCUCUCCCUCUCCGUCUCCGUCGUAUUCCACGAAGUGGCGCGACGUUAGAGAGAUGGAUUCCCAGCAUUGUGUUGUGCAAGCGCAGAGACGGGAAGAUGAUCCAGUGAAGUGCAACACUGAGUCUGAUCCAUUGUGA